AAAUUAUUUAUUUUUAUAAAGUAUUGUGUAAUUUUAAUAUAUUGUAGGUAAACAAGAGCAUCUCUUAUAGUUAGUUGAUAUGCCAUUGGAACACGAUGUAUUAAAUCUCAGUCGUCAACUUGAGAAGCUAGUUGCUGACGGUAAUUCGAACAAUGAAUCAGCCAGUGAUCUUUUAAAUCAACUAAAGAAACUUCCUAUUACAUUAGAUAUUUUGCAGAAAACACGCAUAGGAAUGACUGUUAAUGUACUUCGAAAAGCAAGUGACAGGGAGGAUGUUCAAAUUAUUGCAAAAUCACUUAUAAAAUCAUGGAAAAAAUUAUUGGACAGUCAAGAUAAAGUUAAAGCUAAAUCUAUUCCUGAAAAUGAUAGCUCCACUGUUAUUUCUUCUAAUCAAGACAUAAAAAAACCUUCAUCUAACUCAGUUGCCAUGAAGAGUUUCAAUAAAAAUAAAGGUGAUGCAGCUGUUCGAUCACAAUGCCAACAAAUGAUAGCUAGUUCUUUAAAAAGUGAAAAUAAUCCAGAUUAUGAUCCUACAAAUAUUGCUGCAGCAAUAGAAAAUGAAAUAUUCAUGUGCUUCAAAGAUACAAAUAUUAAAUAUAGAAACAAAAUAAAAAGUAAAGUCAUGAAUCUGCGUGAUAAACGGAAUCCUGAACUUUGUCAGCUGGUAAUUGAAGGAGUUAUAACUCCUGAAAGAUUUGCAAAAAUGACUGCAGAGGAAAUGGCAUCUGACGAAAUGAAAAAAGAGCGUAAAAAAAUUACAGAGGAAGCAAUUAAAGAACAUCAGUUAGCAACUACUGCUGGUACAGCUACAGGACAAUUCAAAUGUGGAAAAUGUGGCAAAAGAAAUACAACCUACAAUCAAGUACAGACACGAAGUGCUGAUGAACCUAUGACUACUUUUGUUUAUUGUAUAGAAUGUGGAAACAGAUGGAAAUUCUGUUAAUUAUCGUAAUGAUUGGCCACGCUUGUGCAGAACGAUGUGGACAUGCUUGUCAGAAACAACUCUUCAUUUUAAAAUCCUUCCAAUAAUGUAAUAAAAUAAAUGUAAAUAUAACUAUUCUAAAGUUACUUUGUAGUGGUUUUGUAAAAUGGCAUCGGUGUAGAUUCUAUAGCGAAAAAGAAAAUAAUUUUAAAUUUAA